UUGAAUUUUUCAGUACAGUGUGAUCGUGGCAACCCUCUACGUAUCGGAGACCUCACCCAAUCGUGCCAGUCGAACAGCGAUUGUCCUUCAUCUCAUGAGUGCAGAGUUGAUCAGUCUGUUUGCUGCCCACGAAUGCGUAAGACGAUCUGUACUCAACCACUACGUGUGGGGAACUGUGAUCGGUCCGUGAGAAGAUACUGGUAUUCGGCAGCCUACAAGAGAGUGCCAGUCCUUUCGAAUACACAGGUAUUUUCACGGAAGGAUUCCCUGCUCCCAGGACUCGUUCAGAUAAGGUUUUUAGGAUGUCAAGGGAACGAUAACAACUUUGAAACCUUAGUCGAUUGUCAGACUUUUUGCAGAAAUGCGGCACCUGAACCCCGAUGUCUACAGGGCCAAGCCUAUAAAGACAGUUCGGGUAAGUUUGUCACCUGUUCAAACCAAACCGCGCUGCUUUCAUCGCUUGGUCCAGUCAACUACGAGUGCUAUCACGAUGGCAACAUGUUCGGCUGUUGCCCCACAAAAGGUUAUUGGCAAAUCCAAAUUCACUAG